UGAAGAAUACUUCUGACAGUGUCUGCUGGGAUUGGUGAAACUUCAACAAAGACAAGCACAAUACAAAUCCAUCUAAAUGAGACUGUUGUAUUGUGGUGUAGUGUUCUGCUGAUGCUAGUAGUGACGCUUGCUGGUUGGUGAGGCUGAGAGGCAUUGAUCAAAUUGAUACGGACUGUAUGGAAGUGUUGCACAUCUGCCUUCGACCUGAACAUAGCUGGCUUUUCUCUGCACAGGCGUCAAACAUGAAAGUUGAAACCAUCACACAAUCUGGUGUUCACAUCACUGGUAAUCAAAAGCUGAGCCGGACCCCUUUCACAUCCAUUGAGGACAAACUACAACCAAUUUUAAUGUCUAUGAAAAUAUUUGGGAUUUACUUUGAUCCAACACAGGCCAAAAACAAAGUGGAACCAUCGGAAACAUAUACGUCCCAGGAAAAACCACCAAGACUGUGGCGCUCCAUCAACCGUCUAUACUGUUAUACGGUUCUCCUCUUACUGUGGUUCAACGUUGGCCGAUGUGCAAUUGGGGUGUUCCCUCUUAACGAGGGUUUGCCCCUAAGGAUAAUUUUAAUGACAUGGAUGUUGCUUUGCGCACUAAACGCUACUAUCGUGAUCACUGCAUGCCAGAAACUAACACACCUUCGCUGUUUCUACAAGCAUUGGGAUUCCUUGUUCCAGUGCCCUGUUACAGAUAGCUUGGGCUGUGGCUUUUUAUUUUCACGACAUUAUUGCAGAGUUGGUACAGCAGCUGGCUGGUUUGUAAGUCUUGUUAACAUUGCUGCUCUCUGCGUCUUCAUGUUUGGCAAUUUACCCCUGUCACCUGUUUACAUCACAACUUUUGCCCGACCAUUCCCAGAGUCACAAUUGGUGGUCAUCUUCAGCGUUGUCCUGCACGUGUUUCAAUCGGGGGCAUGGAUUUUCCCGAUUAUAUUUAUGAGCAUAACUUCUCGAGUCAUACGAGCACAGUUCUUUCGGUUCGGACAGGUCCUCUCAAAGCAAAUCGAGCAAGCAGACGGACACAUCCCUCAUCAACUGCCAGAACUGAGGUUUCGCUACACACAACUGUGCCAGGCUGUGGAUAUCAUCAAUAGAAGCUACAAAUGGCUCCUUGGAACGUGUUUCAUUCUGAAUAUCUUUCUGGCCUGUUUUGUGUCCUAUGAGAUAAUCAACGGCCCGUUGGACACUUUUGUCAUCACAGUUAAUGUAUUCUGGCUUGGAGGUAGUGUUGUGUGCAUCCUUGUGUUAGCAAUAAGCAGCUCCGAUGUUCAUGAUGCAGCUCAUUCUCUUCUGGAUGACAUAUUCAGCAUCGGAACACGGGAUGCUUCUGUGGAGCAGCUGGGACAGCUUAACCUGUUUGUGUCGAAAUUGACAGGCACAUCCAUUGGGUUCACAGCUAUUGACUUCUUCGUCAUCACUAAAGAGUUCUUACUGACUCUGGGUGGACUGUUCAUGACCUAUUUCUUCCUCCUGCUCCAGUUCAAGAUAGCCUGAUUCACCGAGUACACACAGAAGUGAUGAUGGCACCUGCCUUGUGAUCCCAAUGUAUAAAUGAAUGAGAUUCUAUGAAAAUGUUUGCAUGGGCUUUGAAUUUUUGAAAGGCACAAGGUGUUGAAUUUCUCGCAAUGCUUGACGAGGUUUUACUUGUAGAACAAAUACGAAAAUGUAAUGUGGGGCAAUUCUAGCCUGAAAAAAAGGAACAGAUUGCGCGCAUUCCUUCUUGAUCAGCCAGACCCGUAAAAAUAAUGAGAUGGUCCAUAGCUGUGUUGUCCGUGUUUCACACAUGCGUAUCUCCGCAUGUUCAACCUCAGUAGCUUCAGAGAUCAGGAACCGCAGUCUUGCAUUCUUUGUUUGUUGCUUAAAAACGUCGCAUUCUUUGUUUGUUGCUUAACGUCGCAUUCAGCUGCAGUGUUUAAUUGUUUGUUUGUUGUUUAUUGCCAUAGUGUUGCAGCAAGGAAUGUAGUGCCCUUGAUGCUGUGAAUCACUGGCGACGUAAAUAAGUAUCAUGUGUCUUUGUUUUCACACUGGUCCGACACUUGUUGUCAUGAAACGCACAAUCAUCCGCCAAAGAUGCUGGGCACAACCUGAGAGUUUCUCUACGUUAACAUACAUAGGCAUUUGGUUCCACGAGUUUAAGUUUAAUGAAAGAAAGGUAAGAUACAAUUUCUUUAUUCUUUAACUUUGCUAUGCACUACCUAUCCAUGUGUGGAUCAUCCAUCAUAUUUCCACCAACAUAGAGAAAGAGGAGUUGAGCACCAUUUAACUGUCAGUCAAGUCUAGAUGCAACAGGCUCGGGGCAUGCUCUGUACACCAACAUGAGGACAGGGGAGCAGAUGAGGAUGUGGGGCACAUUUUAUGGUUUAGAUAUAGUUUGAACCAAAUAGCUUGAGUAGGUCGAAAUACAAGAACAAUUUAGUUCAAUCUCUUCUUAUUUACGUGACAUUCAGUGCCUUGGGUCUGUCCGUUUAGUGUCAAAGGUAAACGGUAAUUCAGUUUCAAAUGCAAGAUGUUUAACAUUUUUGAAGUGACAUGUACCAUUUGUUAGGUCUGUCCCCUCCUUUCGUGUGUUUUCAUUGGGCAGACACAG